AUGACCAUAACAUAUGACUCCGCACUCUCAAAGCUAGGCCGGGCUGCCAUUGAGGUCAGAAAAGGUCAAGAUGAGUCGGACAGAACUGAGCUGGUCUCACUGGACGAGGCAGUCGGACGAGUCUCGGCAUGCGAUCACUAUAGCCCCAUCUCAACACCAGAGUUUGACACAUCUGCAAUGGAUGGCUACGCGAUCUUCUCAGAGAGUACAAGGUUAGCUUCAGCAGAGCACCCGGUUUUCUUCUACGUCAAAGGUACAAUCGCUGCUGGGGAUGACUCUCUGACUCUGCCAUUGUGUCAUAAGCGCGAUGGAACCGAGCCUUGCUUCGAGAUCAUGACUGGGGGACGAUUCCCAGAGGGUGCACUUGGUGAAGUGUUCGAUGCGUGUGUAAAAGUUGAAGACACUGCUAGAAUUACGACAGAAGACCCAGGGCUCGGAGCCUGUAUUGCCAUCAGGAAGCCGAUACCGAGGUACGCCAACCGUCGUUUCGCGGGUGAAGAUAUUCGGAAGGGAGACCUGGUGACGAAGGAAGGAGUCAUUAUCCAGACAUCAAACAUCAUGCCCCUCGCUUCUGUCGCCAUUGAGACGGUCAAAGUGAGGAAGAAGCCGCGGGUAUGUAUAUGGUCGACCGGCAACGAACUGACGUCCCAAAAGUCUCAUAUCAGAGACGUCAAUGGAGUUUAUCUGAGGGUGGCGUCGAAAGAGGCCGGGGCCGAUGUAACUUUUGGAGGCUCCGUUACAGAUGAAGUGGAUGCUCUUGUUGAGACCAUAAAAGGCCGAUUGGAAUUAUCGGCAGUGGAUAUCAUGAUUACGAGUGGAGGUGUAUCAGUCGGAAAGUUCGAUCACGUCCGUCAAGCACUGGAAACUCUUGGUGCAACCAUCAUCUUCCACGGCGUAGCUAUCCGCCCGGGUCAUCCGGUUCUCUUCGCCCUCCUACCUUCUACCUGGGGCGAGGUAGCUUUCUUUGGACUACCAGGAAAUCCUGGUGCUGCCGCAGCCUGUUUCAAAUUCUUGACUAUCCCGUAUAUGCGCUAUCUCUUGGGCCAGCAACCGGAGAAGCCUGUACUUGCACGCUUGGCGGACCUCCAACCAGGUAGUUCAUCACGGAAGAGCAUUAUGGAUGCGCCGAACAGAGGACUUAACUGCGACAGGUUCAGAGCUGGAGUUCUGCAAAUCACAGGCGACCGGGGGCUAACAGUCCACGAAGCUACUGGGGUUUUCGGUCCAGCUAAGAUGGCACCUUUCGUACAGGCAAAUUGUUGGAUUUAUAUCAAGGCAAACGAGGUCACCGAGACGGGCCAGAUGGUAUAUUGCUAUCCCAUGAGUAGCUCUCUGGUAUCCUGA